CGGCGACGACAGGACCGUAUCGUGAAUUUCAUGCAAAAACCCAUACCUACGACCAAGAACUGCAGGAAAACAUUGUGUCGAGAGAUAAGCAAAGCAUAAUGGCUCCAUCAGGUCUUGCGAUUUUAAUUGGUGCCGGUCCAAACACGGGAACUGGUAUUGCACGUAUUCUCUCCCAUCCGUCUCAUGGAAACUUGGCUGUCGCUCUUCUUGCUCGCCGUCCUGAGUCGCUAAACGAGGUCGUCAGCACAGUACACAAAACAAGCCCCAAUGCCGUCCUGGAGACCUUCGCUACCGACACGUCAAAAGCAUCUCUUGAAAAUACUUUCAAGGAAAUUCAGAAACACCAGAGUUCCAAGAAUCUCAAAUUGAACCUGGCGAUCUAUAGCAUCAAGCAUUCUUCCAAGAAGCCGUUCUUGGAAGAAACGCGCGAAGAAUUCGAAGAUUCUCUGGAGACAUAUGUUGGUGGUGCCUUUACAUUCGCGCAAGAGUCUCUAAAGCGUUUCUUCGCGGAUCAUGGGGAGAAGGACCUGGCGGAGGGAGGCGAGAAAAAAGGCACACUUAUCUUCACUGGAACACUCGGCGCGCUUCGUUGCAGCGCGCAAUUUGCUGCAUACGGAGCUAGCCGCGCAUCAGUACGCCAGCUUGCGCAGACACUUGCGCGCGAGAUGAGCGAGAAAGGUGUGCACGUUGUACACACUAUUGCCAAUGGCGGCAUUGCGGAUGCGGACGGAGAGGAUCAGAAAACGGGAAAGAAAAUGAGCUCAAAUGCUGUUGGCGAGACGUACUUGUGGCUACAUAAACAGAAGCCUUGCCUUUGGACGCACGAGCUCGGUAAGUGACCAGUCGCCACAUACGACACUACUGACAAUUACCUAGACAUGCGGCCUGCUUGCGAGAAGUUUUAAUUAAUAUAUUAGUAGCCA